CAAAACCCAUACACUCACGUUUUUUAUUUUGAGUUUUCUCUCCAUGUUCUUAUUUUAUUUCUUGUUAAGUUAUUCUUCUUCAUCUUUUUUUUAUUUUAUUUUUCUUUAGUUUUUGAAGUUUUCAGUCAUGUUUUUUGAAAAGAUAAGAGUUUGGUUUUUUUUUAAUCUGAUUUUCUAAAACUGGGCUUACAAAUAUAGUCUCUAUUGUAUCAAGUGUUGAGGUUGUGCAGAAGAUGAUUAGUUUUUUUAAUUAUUUUUUUGUUCUUUUGUUUUUUUAUUUAUUUAUUUUAGUGUUGUUUUAUGGUUGUUUUCUAUAAUUUUUUUGACGUCGAUUUUACUGUUCUUGCUCCAUCUCGCUGUAAUUAAUAAUUAUUUUUUGGGUGUUCUUGUGGUGCUGUGGUGGUUUUAUCCGUGAGUGUGGAAGAUGGAGGCUAUAAAAUACAUUUCUUCUUCCUUCUCUGUGGUUAUUUUGUGGUUUUUUUUUUAUUCUGGCUCGCCUAAAAAUACAUUUGACGAGCUCACUAGAAUAGAGAUUUUAAGGUGUGUGGUUCUUUUAUGUUUAUCUAAGUGGUUAUAUCUGUUUAUUAUUUUACAUUUAUUUUUGUGUUGUUUUAGUAGUUUUUUUUCCUAAUUUUUUAAGAUUGGGCUUGCAAAUAUAAUUGCUAUUGCAGCUGUGCAGAACAUUGUUAGUUUUUUUAAAUCCUUUUUUUCUUUCUUUUCUUUGCUUUGUUUUAGUAUUGUUUUACAGUUGUUUUGCCAUGAUUAUUUAUUUAACGUUGAUUUCAUUGUUUUUUCUCAAUCUCACCAGAAUUAAAAGUUGUUUUUCGAUUGUUCUGGUGUUCCUGUGGUGGUUUUGUUCGUAGGUGUGGAAGAUAGAUACCUCAUUUUUUUUUUGUGUUUAUAAUAUAAAAGAAAAAAAAAAAGGCCUAUAAAAGUUAUUUAUGCCGUGUGGUAGUUUUUGUAAAGAUUGAGCCAAAAAUCAGUAUUUUUGUAAGUUCCCAAUGUAAAAGGCUCAUGAACGUUGAUGGGCCGUCACUGUACGGGCCGGGCCUGCCCCAUUCAUUCGAUGGUUUUUCAAAAAACUGGUUCUCCGCCAAUUUCAUAUCAGAAGAACAGAACCUUUUUUCUUUGAGAGAGAGAAACUGAGACUGAGACUGGUUUUCUGCCAUGGAGACGAAGAGUCCUCUAACAUGUCCAUACUCGGUCACGAUUCGUCGGAACCCAUCCCGAAAGGCCAGGCCUGCUACCACUGACACAAAACCUCCCCAAGUUCCACCUCAUUCUUCUUCAUCCACGGCACAAGAAAUUCCAUCCUUUCCGACCGAAGAAAUUUUGUCCAUGGAAGUUUCUGAAAACCCUAAACCCAAAUUUGUUGACUCAAUCUCUGAAAAUCUUAGGGUCUUUCUCAGAGUCAGACCCAUUUUGUCGUCAACGAGUUCAGACAAAGAUCAUUUUCCCAAGUCUAGAGCUAAAAAUGCUUGGCCUCAAAAUCCCGCGAAGAAGACCUCUGCCAGAGAUGCAACUACGAAUAAGAAGAAGUCUAGCGAAGUCUGCAUCAAAGUUAAUGAUUGCCACUCGGUUACGCUCACGCCACCCAUGAACUUGCAGGAGGCUAAACGAGUGAAAUCGGAAGUUUAUGAAGGAUUUUCUCACGUCUUUGCUCCCGAUUCUUCUCAGGAAGAAGUAUAUGAGAAGAUGGUAAGCCCUUUGGUCGAGGAUUUUUUAAAGGGUAAAAGUGGUAUGCUUGCUACUCUAGGGCCUAGCGGCUCCGGCAAGACUCAUACCGUUUUUGGAAGCGUUAGGGAUCCUGGAAUUCUACCACGCACGCUUCGCCAGAUAUUUAAGCCUCCAUUGGAGACGGAUUCUGAACUCCGGAGCAGAGCAUUUAGUAUAUCCAUAUUUGAAAUACAAUCGGAACGUAAAGGAGAGAAAUUGUUUGACUUAUCGCCGGGUGGAGGUGGAGCUGAUUUAACCAUGCAAAAAUCUUCCAUUAAAGGGCUUCAAGAGGUAACUGUUACUGAUGCAAGACAAGCAGAAGCCUUAGUAGCUCAUGCAAUUGUUAAUCGUCUCACUGCAACGACCAAUACAAAUAGCCAGUCUAGUCGGUCGCAGUGCAUUAUCAACAUCCGUAGUGUUGGUAGUGAAUUUGAAGGGCAAGAUGAGCACCAAGCCAAUAGUGCUGUUUUAAGUAUAGUUGAUCUUGCUGGAGCUGAAAGAGAGAAGAAAACUGGCAAUCAGGGGUCAAGGUUGCUUGAAAGUAAUUUCAUCAAUAAUACAUCAAUGGUUUUUGGCUCAUGCCUAAGAUCUUUGUUGGAGCAUCAAAGGAACCCUAAGCGGCCAUUGCAGAAGCACUUUCAAAACUCGUUGUUGACCAGGUAUUUACGAGAUUAUAUGGAAGGGAAGAAGAGGAUGGCAUUGAUUUUAACUGUCAAGUCGGGGGAAGAAGAUUAUCUUGAUACCACUUACCUGUUAAGGCAAGCUUCUCCUCUAAUGAGAAUAAGGUUUGACAACGUUGAAGAACCACCAAAUGUUCCCAGUAACAAGAGGCAGUUUCAGGCUUUGUCCAAAAAUAAGAAGCCAAAGAGAAUGAAAUUCAGUGGGGCUGAUACUUGUGGGAUCGAAGAAGGAAAGACUGAUGAAGAUGACCAACACACCACUGGGGAAGGUUGUGGAAAAGAGGACACAAAAAUCUUCAUAUCAGAAAUAUCUGAUCGUGCACCAUUAGUGUCAAGCUCUGUUGACUUAGAGAGAAAUUGUGAGAUUUGGCAAAAUUUUGCUAAAGCUUUUUGGAAUACCUUGAAGCAGUAUAGAGAAAAGUUGAAGGUGGCAGAAAAUGAAAUUCAGCAUCUCAACGAAAACCUUAAGGUUGAAAAGGCAAGAUAUGUUGUGCUGGAGAAGAAGCUAGGAGGUGCAGAGUCAUGCAGUAACUCUUCCCUGCAGAAGUCUGUGGAAAUUGCUCUUGUUGAAACAGGGACUAAUGUCAACCACAGUGGGAAGUUAAAUAGACCUGAUAUUUGUGAUUUUGACAAGUCAAAUGUGGACCUUUGCCCAUCCGAGUGCAACAGUACUCCCCGAACUUACAACUCCAUGUUGACACAGGAUCCGGUUACACCCUCUCGGGUAAAGAUAGAUAUUUCAACGCAGGAUCCAAUUACAUCCUCUCAGGUGAAGAUAGAUAUUUCAACACAAGAUCCAGUUACAUCCACUCAGGCAAAUACAGCAUGUGAUUCUCUUAGCUUUAGGGUAGCUUCAUCCAGUAAAAGUUCUGACAAGUUUGAUUCUAAUACUGAUCAGGAUCAGAAUUUUUCCCAGUUAAAGAUAGAUAUUUCAACGCAGGAUCCAAUUACAUCCUCUCAGGUGAAGAUAGAUAUUUCAACACAGGAUCCAGUUCCAUCCUCUCAGACAAACACAGCAUGUGAUUCUCUUAGCUUUAGGGUAGCUUCAUCCGGUAAAAGUUCUGACAAGUUUGAUUCUAAUACUGAUCAGGAUCAAAAUUUUUCCCAGUUACAGGAAUCACUGGCUCAAUCAACGUCAUUAAAAGAAGACCUAGCAAAUACUAAAGACUGCAAAGAUGUUAGUGUGCUCAAUAAUGAACGAAGAAGCGCUGAUACUUCCUCCAAACCAGGAAAACCGAGAAGGAGACUUUUGCCAGCCUCAUCUGUACUUCUAAAAGACUUUAGUACUCUGGAAAUUGAUGAAAAAAGUGAGAAACGAAAGGAAAAUAGGGGAGGAAAGAAAUUUUAUGCGGAAGAGAGAAAUAGAACUCAAGGGAGCAUUUCUCUCCUGCGGUUGCUGAACAACAAUAUUGGUGUUUAGCAUCAAAAUAAGCACAGGUUUAAGGUUUUUUUUUUUGUGUUUUGGUCAGAUUUGGCACUAAUCCAAUCAUGCAGGCAUCUAGAAUCUGUGACGGAAUGCUGCUGCUGAUUAUUGUCAUUGGCAGGCAAGUGUGCGUAUACUGUAUUGCCCUCCCAGUUGAGUGAAAUUGGGUUGUUGAUAACUCUAUUUUUUGACUGUUUUCCACUCUUUCCUCUCCUUAUUUUCUCAUAUGAUGUUAUGUUACUUUUAACAUCAUUGAUAAAUAUAUAUAUAGAGAGAGAGAGAGAGAGAGAAACACUCAAUUUGUGGAAGAAAAUCCAUUUGUAAAAAGGUGAAACUUUAUCAGUAAAAACCAAAAUAGGGAAGGAAAGAAAACGAGUAUUAUGUGUAUCCUUUUGUUGUGUUUUUACUAGUUGCAAAAAGGUGAAUUUUAUUAUUGGAUA